AUGGGAGAAUACAUCGGCAAUGCGACUGUGAAAUUCCGGCUUGGUGGGUACGGGGCCGGUGCCGGUGCCGGCAGGUUUUGGACGCUGGAGUGGUGUGUCGAAGGUGGAGGAGACACGGGCCUGCUCCGCAACACCUUCCUCCGCAGGCAGCUGCUUCAGCCAGACCUUGAGCUUAACCGAGGCGCACUUUACGGUGUACGAGAUUACCAGACAGAGGGCAAUGACAGUGAAACGGAGAUCGGGAGAUUUGCGGGUUGGAGACGGGAAGUCGAGGUAUGGAAGUGA